CAACUCACCAACCUGCGACCCGACCCCUCCCAUCCAUCCAUACAGCUUCGCAUGCUUUCAGCGCCAUGCUUAGAUAGCCCGAGAUUUGUUUCUUUCAUCACCACUUUGCCUUACGAGCCCCUACCGAGACGCGUCUUUGGCGGGUUUAACAACGACACACAACGUUCAUCAUGGCAGCUGCGCGGACAAAGACGCCUACCAUUGGCUCCGCGCAAUGGGUGUUAGACGAGCGACAGCAUUCACAAGAUCUGGUAGCGCAAGAACUGGAGGAUUUUGGCUUCUCCGUGCGUAAUGAACUCGAGUGGCUAAAUGAGCACAUGGCCGAGAUCCUCUCACGGGAGGGACAGAAUAACCUGGAUGUAUUCAAGACUCCUGGUAAACUACGCGGAAAGACGCCUCGGACGGCGCGAAAAGGGCUCGCGACCGAAGUUCGUCAGCCUCUGAGCGACAUUUUCAUGACGAACUCACAGCAUUUGCCCAGCCCUGCACAGAAUAGUUUGAAGAGCCCUGCACAAAGGAAUGCUCCCAAAGCAAGGUUCAAGAUCGCGGAGGACAUGGAGAACGCGUCACCGAUACGCACUCCGAAACUCAAAUCACCAAUCCCCCGUUCGCUCUUCGCCACACAACUGGGUCAGGGCAAAGAGAACCGCGACACUCCGCGCCACGUUGCUACGACGCAGGAUCACGCCUUGCCUAACCAGCCCACGCCUUUACAAUAUAGCCCGAAAAUAUCGAGCCAAGACACCGAGAUGGCGACCCAAGAUGCUGAUGAUGUUUUUUCCCAAGGACCCACGCAAACCAGCCAAUUUACUCAGCCAACCCAGCCCACAGCAUCAUUUCGACGCUCCCUGAGACUGUCCGCCGGCGGGAGACGCGAUACUGGAGAGUCGUUCGUGUCAGCCAAGGAGGCACUUGGAAGUAGGAGAGCGUCUAAUGAACAUCUACGCGACGAAUCGCCCGUCGAUGCCAUGGAUGUUGAUACGGUACAACAUCAACAAGCUGAUCCUGAGCCUGUUAAGACGAUGACUCACGUUAACACCGAAUCAAUUCGUGAAGCUCAGCCUGUGCGCCCACGAGCUCGCGUAUCUGAACAAUAUAGCAUAGGAGCGGAGACACAAGCUGCACUUCAUACCGCCAUCCAGCGAUCACAAGCUCCAGAACCGAAAGUUCUUAUAGAUCCCGACUCUAUAACAGACACGCUCUCCGACCCGAUGGUCCAUAAUGAUGAUACGGUGCUUCACAAUGACAUUGGAGAUCACAUGGACGUAGAUGAAGAUGUCCGCUCGCCGUCUGAUGGCUCAAGCCCCGUGAAGCCGCUGGUUAGAAAGAGCAGCCUCACUUUCGCAUCGCUCCCCGCCCGUGAGCCGUUGAUCGCGAAGAAGAGCAUGGGUAAUCGUGUGUCGCGCACUAGCCAGGUAGAUCAGAGCAGGAUAAGGAGCAGCAAUAUGGGGAGAUUCACUGGUGGAAGGAGCCUGGGCGCCACCCAGCACACCCAGCUGGUCGAGUCCGCUGAGAAUGUGGGCGUUGAACAGGCGGUGCCGCGACAAGAGGAGUCCGAAUCAGCAAAGAUGCACAAUUUGGCCUCUACAAAGACUCUCAAGGAACGCCUCAAUCUGCUCAGUCAGAGGACUGAGCCUCCCAAGAGGGUCAGUCAGAAUAUCGCAGCGCCUUCGAUGCCACAGCCCCCCAUCGCAUCCUCUUCUCAGGUCUCUCAGCCCAUGCAGGUAUCCCAACCUGUCUACCCGCACCUUUCCGAGCAUGCCGAAGACCAGGAUGAGGACGAAGAGGAUGACUGGAUAGCACCUGUCAGGACUGCCCCGGCCCCUAUCAUGGCUCGCCCAUUGUCGACCAAGGUUUAUGCGGCUGAGACGCAAGCCAGCAUUCCCGAAGAAGCAUCGGUUCCCAAAGUGGCUCCUGCUUCGAAUUCUGAUCUGCCUCUUGUUGAGGAAUCAACCACUCCCGCUGGCUCCCCAACACUCAAGAGGCAUCCGGAUGGGCCCCUCAGUGCUUCCAAGGCUAAAUUCUACUCAGCGCUUCGAGCAGCGAAAGAGAAAAUAAUCGGCUCCAGCGCAACUAGUGCCCAAGUCAAACUUGAUACUUUGGCAGAGAACGCAUCACGUCCGAAACUGCCGUUGCAUAGUUCUUCUGAUGACAGUUUUGCCAGUCCGAAGCGUAACGAAAAGGGCGGGGCAUCGAUCUUUGCUCAUCUCCGCUCACCUUCCAAGGAAUCGAUUAAGUCGAACAAGUCCAGCAAGCUGGCUACGAGCUCCAGUAGCCCCGUUAGGGACGAUGGUCGGAGGACACGUAGCUCUUCUGAGCGUGAACGUCAGAAAGAGAGGGAUCUCCGCGAGAAGGAAGCCAAGCAGAAGCAGCGAGCAGAAGAGAGACUGAGAGAGAUGCGGGAAAAGGAGCAAUCGAAAGCGGCUGCACAGCAUCAGAAAGCGAAGGCAGCAGCGAAAACGCCGAUGGCUAUCUCAUCCCAAACCGUCACGAAACAAGCCCUGUCUGUGGUUGCGAAGACCCCGGCUGCGACGUCACAGCCUCCACAAUCUAGGCCUGGUACAGUGAGGGCUAAUACUGCAACUCGACAGCAGGACCAAGAUUCAGCCGACGAUAUGCCUCCUCCACCGCCUAAGGGUCUGUUGCCUGCUGGAACUGGGCACAAACUCCGCGAACCGAAGAGACUCGUCAAAGCUCCUAGCAAGGAUACUAUCCCCAAAGGCAAGCCGCAAAAGAUUCAGGUCAAUCUUCACCGGGACAGAUUCGGACAAGCACCUCCUGCUCCUAAACCCACUACAACCGCCCCACCGAAAAUGGCACCACCUACCGCCAGCAAGCCCACAUCUGCCGCCUCAAAGCCUGCUGCGGCUUCCACCUCGAGGCCCACUGCAGCCUCUAGACUUACGUCGAUGGCCCCCAAACCUGCCCCUCGACUGGGUCGUACGCAGCCCAUCAAGGCGGCCGAAAAGCCGAAAGCACCUCCUCCUUCUCAGCCCCGAGCUGAUCUUCCUGCGGCACGUCCCGUUUCGCGAUUACAGACGGUGCAGGAUGCUAAUCGCAUCAAUAUACCUCCUAUCAACCCCGCGAAACCACCAGUAAAACGCCCGUUCCAAACCGAGAACGAUGAAACUCUCCAUAGGCCCGCAAAACGUCCAUCGCAGCAAGCCAGAUCAAAGCCCGUCACUCCCGCACAUGCCCAGUUUGCCCACGGGAAGAUUCCCUUUGCCGAAUCGUCCCAAUCAGCACAACCACCGACGCAAUAUCCCAACGGAGAAGACAUCAAACUUCCAGAUAUCAUGACCGACUCUGAGGAUGAGGACUCUGAUAACGACUUUGAGCAACCAUCCUGGGUUAAUACGCCUAAUCUGCGUAACAUGCUAGAGCAGCAGCAACUUGUUGAUCCUGAGCAGAUCUUCGGCCCGAUCGCGCCUCUGAACAUGGAGCAGGUUUUCCCUAAUAAAGAGAGACAUAAGCGAUUCCGCGACCGGACUAGCAGCGCAUACUGGGCCAAUGACCAGGUCACCGAGGAGGAGCGGCGGAAAGAGCGUGAGGCCAGAGAGCGCUUGGUACGGGAGGGUGCAUGGACGUACAAUCCCUCACCCCGGCCUGGAACACAGAACUGAUCAUGCGAUUUCGGCUUGAAUUGUUGAGGAAGGCGGGUUAUGGUAUAGGCUGGCGUUCCUGGAAUGUACGGGCGGCCUUUGUAAGAGGUCCUAGCAAUGGAGACCUCUGGUUCUGAGAAUCGUUCGUCACAUCUGUGUAUACGGGGCGUUUAGGAUUUGCAUUCUGGGAAGACUCUUGUCACGAUGGUCAGGCGUUCAAUGCGGCCCUUUCAAUUAGGUCCGGUUUGUUUUUUGCUAUGCUCGACGUGAGGCAUAUCUCACUUUGCAUCGGCUAAGUAUCUAGGUAGCAGGUAUAGUUACCCGUUGCAUCCGAAUGAAUACCC